AGUUGCAGGUCGAUCAGGGAGGAGUGUGUGUGUGUGUGUGUGUGAGUGUGUGUGUGUGUGUUAUAGCAGGAGUGGGCGGGGUUUCGCGCUCACACUAAAUAUUCAAAAUGGCGGACAGAGGAUCAACGACUCAAGAUGAGCGCUCGACUGCAGAUUCCAGCAGCCAUCCAGCAGAUCUGAGCAAGAGCAGCAUGGAGAACGCAGCAGCAGCUCAGCAGAACGGUCUGGACAGUCACAAACCCAGCGGUCAGCCAGCGGUCAGCGGUGCUCAGACACAGGCGCUGCUUCAGCAGUUGAGCUUGAGUCCUGCGCAGCUGUUGCAGACGCAGGCGCAGCUCCUGGCCGCUGUGCAGCAAACCACCGGUCAGCAGAGCAGCACCACUGGAGCCACUAUCUCCGCCUCGGCGGCCACGCCCAUCACACUGGCCCAGCCCAUUCAGAUCGCCUCGCCGCAGGGUUUGAACCUGCAGCAGUUUGUCUUGGUCCAGCCGGGUCACUCUCUCAGUCCUCAGCUUCAGCCUCAGUUCAUCAUCUCUCCGUCUCCUCAGGGUCAGAGCGGUCUCCUGCAAGCUCAGAAUCUCCUGACGCAUCUACCUCAAAGCCAAGCACCGAGCAGCAUCGCUCUCACCGCUCAGGCGGCCACACCGACGCGGAAGAUCGCGGCUAUGCCGGCUCCAGCAGCUGCUCCGAAGCGCAUCGACACGCUGUGUGUGGAGGAGGCCAGCGACCUGGAGGAGCUUGAGCUGUUCGCCAAGAACUUCAAGCAGAGACGCAUCAAGCUGGGCUUCACUCAGGGUGACGUGGGGCUGGCGAUGGGGAAACUCUAUGGAAACGACUUCAGUCAGACCACUAUCUCCAGAUUCGAGGCUCUGAACCUGAGCUUCAAGAACAUGUGCAAACUCAAACCUCUGCUGGAGAAAUGGCUGAACGACGCAGAGCACAUGUCUGCAGACUGCGUGGUGUCGAGCGCGAGCGAGAUGUCUCCGGGUCUCUGUGAGAGUCUGAACCGCCGGCGUAAGAAGCGCACCAGCAUCGAGACCAGCAUCCGUCUGGCUCUGGAGAAGAGCUUCCUGGAGCAGAGUCAGAAGCCGUCGUCGGAGGAGAUCACUCAGAUCGCCGAUCAGCUGCACAUGGAGAAGGAGGUGGUUCGGGUCUGGUUCUGUAACCGCAGGCAGAAGGAGAAGAGGAUCAAUCCUCCCAGCAGCAGCAGCUCGCCCGGAUCCGCCCUCAGAACCGUGUACAGCAGCGCCUCGGCCACGGUGUCCAGCGGCUCGAGCACACUAGCCGUCAGUCCUGUGGUCUCUCUGAGCGGAAGCAGCAUCUCUAACCUGACUCUCAGCGGCGGAGCUCUGGGUCAGGUGACAUCGAACACGCCCUCCGUCAUCUCCAUGGCGCCCGCUGUAGCCACGCCCGCUCCAGUCAUGACAUCACCCUCGCUCAGCCCGUCUGCCACCGCCGUCAAACAGGAAGUGGCCUCCACGGUGCAAGCGGUUUCCACAGCAACAGCGGUCACGCAGGGGGCGGGGCAGCUGCUAGUGACGGGCACAGGACUGGGCGGGGCUAAUCUGACGGCCGUCACGGGUUUGAACCCGGCGAUCAUAACACCCUCGCAGCUGACGCAAAGCGGAGCGCUGCUGAGUCUGGCUCCUGCUCUGGGAAACACCUUGAGUCCUGCUCUGAUGAACAACAAUGUUCUGGCCACUAUCCAGGCUCUGGCGUCCGGCGGCGCUCUUCCUCUGACCUCCAUCGACGGAAACACCGGCCUGCUAUUCGCUAACACCAGCUUGGGAAACCCCGCCCCCAGCCUGGUGACCACGCCCCUCUUCCUCAACCCGUCCAGCCUCUCUUUGCUGCCGGCCAAUCUUCUAUCGGCGGGCGGGGUCGGAGGCGGAGCUCUAAACCUGCAGCUGACCAGCGACGCCGCCACGACGACCAAGAGUGUGGGCGUGGCCUCGAAGGCUCAGUGAGCGUGUGUGGCUCCGCCCAGUUCUGUGCUAUCACCAAAAACACUUGCGUCGCACGUUUGAUGCUCAAGGAGACGAGAAGGAUGGAAUUAACCCAUUUCUUUAAACUAACGUCUAAAUUAACCAAAAAUGUGACUCUUUCAGAGAAUGUUUCGCAUAACAGAGUUUAUAUUGACUUUCUACGAGGCUUCCUGUUGUUUUUAUUUACGGCUCUGUGGAACGAGCCGAUCGUAGAUGAUUUCAGAUUUCUAACCAAAAGCAUUUGAGAUGUUUUACGUUGCGUGGGUUCUUCUGUCAGAGGUUUAAACUAGUGCUCUAACUCGACAUCACUUUAUCAAUACGGUUAGAAGGCUUUAAACGAGCGCGACAGGUCAAACGAUUCUGAAUCAGGUUUGUUCGACCGAAUCGAUUAAACGAAGGGAUCUGAUUGGUCGUAGCGAGCGCGGGGGUCAGAGGUCACUGAUGCUCAAGGAUCUUCAUCAUACUACUGUGUACAGACACGCUUCAGCUUCUUUUGUGUUUCUUUGCCAAAGCACACGUUGUUUCUCUGAGAAGAGCGGCUGGUUUCUUUGAGCGGUCAGUGAUUGGUUUCGAGCAGCUUCAGGUUCAUCUUUAGGAUUUUCUGCUGGAAUGAAAACCAAAGAUUCAUCGGCGUCUUUCUCCGUUUCUCCUCUUCUUUAGUCUGAAAACACACACUAUAUUCCAGGAGUAUAUAGAAAUAUAUGAGAAAACAUAGUUUUAUUUUGUGGCUCCCAAAGCAGAAAUCCUCGUAAGGAUGAAAACCAAAGAUUUCUCACUUUCUCUUUCUGCCUUUCCUUUCGUGUUUUUUUUCUUUUAAACGUGUAAUUCAUUUGAAAUCAUGAACUCCUUCUAAUCUUUAUCUAAUCCAGAGCUCAGAUGAUUGAUUUAAUGCUGGAAUAUAAAUAGAGAAGUGCCUCAGAGAUUGUGUGUGUGUUUAUCUACAGAAUGUGUUUCAUAUGAUACAGAAGGGCUGUUCUCUUUCUCACACACACACACACACACACACUUCUCUCACAUGCACACACACUCAUACACACUCUUCUCUUAUACACACACACACACACUCAUAGACACACACACUCUUCUCUCUCACACACACACUCUUCUCUCUCACACACACACACACACACACUCAUAGUCACAUUCUCAUACACACUUCUCUCACAUGCGCACACACAC